AUGGUCCGGUUCAAAAAUCGAUAUCUCCUAGUAGAAUUCCUCAUUCCAUCUACAUUAAAUCCUACUAUCCCUAAUCCCACUUCUCAACUAUCAGAAGAAGAAGCCCUCAACCUAAAUCUCAAAUAUACUCCUCAACAGGCAGAUGAAGAAGUUGAUGACGAAGAGGAUGAUGAGAUGGGACUAUCGGCUAUCCCUAAAAUUCCAUUCCUGGUACCUACCUCUCAGCCAGUUUUGGGAAUAGGGGACGAACAAGUGAUAUAUAAAGCUGUGAGAGGGUGUAUACAGGAUGUAUUUGGGGAUGAAGGCUGGGCGAGGGUAGCUAGUAGUUUCAGAGUGAUAUACCACUCCCCACUUACGACACUAACAUUCAUCCGAAUCGCUCGACCAUACUACCGUCUCAUAUGGUCCGGACUUACCUUCCUGACUUCCCUGGGUGGUAAACAGGUUAUACCAAGAGUAGUGGGCGUAUCAGGUACGAUCAAGAAAUUGCAAAAUCGAGGAAUCAGUUAUCAUCGAUUGGUAGUUGCUCAACUUAUAGCUCAUUCCCUCUCGUCUGCUGAUGAGGGGCUGAAGAUAAGUGGUGGAGGUGCGAGUGCGGGCCAGAAGAGGUUGGACAAGGAUGGUGAGAGGGAGAGGGAGGAAAUCGGUAGAUUGACAGAAGGACAAUGA